UUACAACACUUAUUGUAGACCACAGUGUGAAUCCUCCAUAAAUCUUCCAUUAUGCGAACUACUCAUAACAUUAGACGAGAAAUAUUUUGAUUUUGUCAAUAUUUUAAUAUAUUUGUUAACGUGUAUAAUAUGUCAUAUUCACGCUGAUUAUUGUAUAAUUGACGAAUAAACUUAUAUAAUCGUAGAUAUGAUGUCUCGUAUAUCGUAAAGCGAUACAGUUGGGAACAGUGUUUAACGUACUUCGCAGUUGUACAGUAGCGGUUUUAAAAUGCUAGCACGCGUAACAAGAUGAAUGAGAGACAAUACUGAUUUCGUAAUACGAUUCCAAAUUACAUCGCGUCAUUGUAUUCUUGUAAUAAAUUAUCUUCUGUCAUACGUGCAAUUUCAACUUCGAUGUACCUGUCAGGCGAUUAUGUAGGAAAAUCUUGAGAUUUGGCGCCAACAUAACCUCAUUUUGAGCCGCGAGAACGGUUUUUAAAUGCAACCUUUAGCACAUAAAAUAUUUCGGUAGCUUGCAUAAGAUAUGAAGGAUAUCGAGGAAGUCAAUUGCGAGGUUCGCAGGAUCGUGGAACUUCCACUCUCUGUUUCAAGCAAAUUGAGAAAUUUAGAAAUAGAAGAGCAGAACCAAUCUAUAAUUUCUCAAGAACAUGACAUUAAUGAUUGCUAUGGAGGAUUUUUGCAUGAAGUAACAUAUGCAUGGUUAAGUUAUGAUUGUCAUUUUGUAGUUUUCAAUGCAAAAACAGGUGAAAGCAUUAGUAGUUGGACAUUUCGUGGAACUGUAACAUCUGUUUCCCAAUUUCCUACACGAUCUGGAGACUUGCCAUUGCUACUGAUUGGAACAGAUAAUAAUGCAAGCAAACCAAAAGAUUCUUCAGGAUUACUAUGUGUAUUUGACUGUACUAUAUCUCGUGUCUUAAGAGCAAUUCGUAUGCCAUGUGGAAUAGAAAAGGUGUGUGUUAUAUCAGGUGGUGCAGAAUGGGAAGAAUUCAAUGAGAAGAGACCAGACAAUAUAUUAAAUGAGAUGGAUGGAAUAGCUUGUGUAGUUUUACAUGAUCUCCAACACAUCAUGAUUGAUCUUAGAAGAUCUACCUGGGGCAUACAUAAUUUAUCUGUUGUUAUGGAUGAAAUAUCACCAGCAGAAAUAGACCUGUCAGCGAAACAAGGCACUACCAGACAUCGAUUCAAUCAGGAGAGUCAUGCUGCUUACAAUUUGCUAAAUAGCCGUAUUGAAAGAUAUAUUGGCUUUAACAGAGAAGAAUUCGAAUCGUCACCUUUGUUUGGCGAGAAUUUAACUACGACGAUUAUCAGUUCCACGAAAAUCGGUUGUUUGAUCUCCGGCUGUCUGGGUAGAAUAAUUAUUUGGCAAAACGAUGGUUCUGUGGGAUGGAUCAGUACGCCCAUCGAUGAAAACAUGGCGGUCACACAUUUAGCCUUACUGGAGCCUACAGAUGAUCCUAGACCGUUUUAUUACUUAUGGGCAGUGUUUCAGGACGAGUCGUCGUCGAGAGUGCCGCCUGUGCUGCGAAUGUAUGCCAUGCUAUUUGAAAGGAAAUACUGCGAUCGUGGAAUAAAUCUGUACUUCAACUUAGAAGCCGACCCCAGUUUAAAAUUUGAACUCGAAUUGAACGAGAACGACAAGGUCAUCGGUUUGUGCACCAUUGAGAGAGAGACCAAUCCGGAACAGACCGAUACAAGUGUCAAAAAAGGCGAGGAUAAUUUAUUGCUUAUCUCCACCAGCAAGAGGACAUUAUUGUUUGACUUGAAUCAAUGGUACAAAGAACAGAUGCCUCGCACUAUCGACGAAUGUCAGAAUCCAAAGAGCAUUUUGGCGACUUACCGCGCUAGAGCACAUUUCUUGCAACAAAAGUAUGAUCGUGUCAUAAGCUUCGCAUACGUUCCGCUGAGCUUGCAAGAGUUUCCUAGCAACGGGCCGAGCUCGCCCGAAGAGCUAUUCUAUCCCAAUUCUUUGUCGCUUGAGUGGAUAGAGCUGUAUCCGACGAAAUUGACAUUCUGGAUGACUCGUGGCAUUCAGGCGGACUUGCUGCGUGAGAUGGCUACUGCGGGCCCAGUCAUACUACUACAACCGUCCGAGACGUUUCAUCGGUGUCUAUCAAUCGGCUUGGUGCCGUACAAUUCGGAAUUUUCACUCGCGAGCGACUAUAAUGCGCAGCGAGAGAUGUUACUGUCGCUAUGCCUUGAGCAACGAUGGUCCACCUUCCUGGUAAAGUGCGCUUUACAAUGGGUGGAUGGUAGUGCUUCGUACCUGUACCCCACUUUCCUCAAGUGGGGUGUUCAAAGAGCUUCUACGAUAAAAAUGCUCGCUGAUCGGCUUUGCGUCCCGUUGUUCGAUCAGUCUGGCAGUGGUAUCGGCGAGGCUGACGUGAAGACCUUACGAUUUUGCUCCCAGCAAUUAGAAUGUCUGUCCAACGUGGUGGCGAAGUUACCACUCGGAACGGCGGACCUGACGAAUCAACGGAGGACGUUGAAACGCGUGUCUACAUAUUUCCAGGUGCUGCUCUGGUUCUAUGACGUGGGGCUAUUGCCCGAGACACAGGACUUGGAGGAGGAGAAUAUCUUACCUAUCUCCUUAGCGCUAAAAGUGCCUUAUCCGUAUGAGAAGCUCUCAACGUCUUACAAGGAGAAACGAGCGCAAAUUGCUCGAACGAAUAAAGAAAGCAGCAACGAUCAGGAUGAAGGAGGAGUGUUAUUUAUUGACGAGUUGAUAACACGGGAGUGCUCCGUGUUAAAGGGACAAUGGGAGAGAGAAGGCGGCGUGGGUGCCUUAGGCGGCUGUUAUCCACCGUCGUCAUUGCAAUCUUUGCUACGAAGUUAUUUGACAGACUGUCACCAUAUGGAACCAUACGAGAUCAGCUGUAAGCACCAAAUCACGAUAUAUCUGUUGAUGGACCUGGCGAUGUUGUUGCAGCGAUUGUACCCUGGCGUGGACCAACUGAUCAAGUAUCCAUCUGCAUUCAAAAUGAGUCCCAGUCUCAUCAAGCUGACUCAGGCGUUCUGGUUGCUCGAUCAUGAGGACUAUCAAGGAUUCCUCGAUAUGAUGACCGGCCAGCUAGUAUCUGAUUCAGACGUCAAAGACUGGCAUCAUCGGUUCAUACUGCGUACACUGGUGCGCAACAAUCAGCACAAGCUGGCUCUCGUGUACCUUCGCGUGAGGAAACCUCCUCUAUCAUCUAUGGAGGAGCAAGGUGUCGCCGUGAGCUUGUCGGUGGAGCACGGUCUGGUGCAGUCAGCCUUCCAUCGCCGGCCACCCUGCCACUAUGAACAACUGCUGACCUGUUUCUUCCGCGCUUGCAAGACCUACGGCAAACUCGAUGAGAUUCUGCACUUGGCGCUGGACUCUGAGGAAGAAGAGGUGUUUGUGAAGUUUCUGGAGGAAAAUAAGACGGAAGACGUGCGACUGUUGUAUUACUUGCAGCGAUGCCGGUAUACGGAAGCGAUCAGUAAUGGCGGUAACCAUCCGACAUCCAUCAUGUCAAGCCAUCAGUCAAGCUUUGUCGAAGACGCACAUCUCACGUCGACGUUGAGUAUGCUCGGUGCAUACAACACGACCUUGCCCGACAUCACGAAGCGCUUCUCCGCGAAUGCGGCUGCGAUCAACUUGGAUGUAGACCUGGAAGCUCGCUAUCCCAGACCAAUGUCGCACUGCAAGAGUCACGAUCGGCUGCGUAGUAUACACGAGACAGUGAUCGCAAAGGCGCGAGAGACCUAUUUGCGAGGGGACAAGUGUCAGAUUCCGUUCGUCAGCGCACCUUGCCUGUCGUUGAAGCUCAACAAUCAUGGCGCCAACGUGAACUGCGUGUUGUUCCCGAUGCGUAAGACUCGUCGUGGCGGGUAUAAACGUACGGUGGAUCAGAUCUAUGAAGACAACGAAGAUAUGAAUAACGACAGCGUGGACAGCGUGAAACGUCGAAAAUUAUCUGACGGAAGCGUCUCGUCGAAUAGAUCAAACAGAGGAGCCAAAGAAUCGGGAUUGAGCUUUGCGACGCCUCUGGUGAAACGCAAGUUCAACGCGUCUACGAACAAGGACAUCACCUCAGAGACACCACAAUCGAUUCUGAAGAUAAAGCAUCUCAUCAGAAGUUCAGUAUCGCCUAGUGCCGCGACUUCGCUCCAAAAGCAGGAGAUUACGGACAGGUCGGUCGACGACCAAUCGAAGAAAGUUAGCAGGCAAAUACGAUUCAAGAUCAAUCAGCCGAAGAAAUCCUUAGCGUAUGAUGAUGAGAACAAGGAGGAAGAGGAAGAGGAGGAGGAGGAGGAGGAGGAGGAGGACAAGGCGGAACAGGAGCAGGAGCAGGAGCGGGAACAAGAAGAGCAGGAGCAAGAAGAGAGAGAGAAGAAAAUAGAAGAGGAAGAGGAUGAGGAGGAAAACGGCAGCAAGAAUAGCGCGUUGAGCGGAGGCAACGACGUGUUCCUCAGUCCGAAUGCGAACGACAAGUCGUACAGCGAAAGCGCAGUUCUCAGUGGCAAUUCCAGCAAUUACAGCAGGAGUUACUGCUUGCCGCGCCCACGACCUAGCCUCAGGAGAAGUGCCUUACAAUCGUCCGUAGAAAUGUUACAAGAAUCUCUCUCGGGUAAUGUGGAGAGACCAGCUAGCGACACGUUGUCCAUAAGCAUGUCCGCGUCGACCUCGUUAGCUGUCGGUAGGGCCGACAAAGCACCUGCGUCCAUUACGAACACAUCCAGAAGACGCAGUUCGUUACUGUCGGUUGUCUCCGGCUACUCGACUACGAUGCUUACCUCCAACAGCAACAUUGAUGACAGCGACUACUCGUUCAAAAGGUUGGAAGACGCUACUCCGCAGUUUCACCUUCCCGUAGAGAAGGGUCAUACAAGUAAAUUUAUUUCAUCUACUCCAUUGACGAAAAAAAUAGUUUCUCAAAAACGUUUCAACGACGAGCGAGUAGUCAAAGAAGAGGAAAAGGAAGACAAAGGAGAGGAAGAUAAGCAGAUGGAAGAAAAGGAGGAUGCGAAGUCGAAAUCGUCUGUAAGAAAUGCGUCCAAGGUGGAAGAAGAACUUGAUGUGCCAAGUGAACCUGAAAGAUUGUCAAAUAUCGAACAACCUGCUCGUGAUAGAAGCGACUUCCCGGAGCAGCAAAACAGUUUAGAGAAGAACGUACAAGGCGAGCAAAGUGAAAGCAAAUACAACAACGGAAAUCUUGCGAGAAGAGAGAUUCUAAAUGCCGACGAAGAGGAGCCUGCACUUUUUAAGCACAAAAAGGUCGCGGAACCGAGUCUAAGUAUCUCAGAUCAGUCUAGCGAAGAGCUCCUUCGGCUACAGUACGACUUCAACGAUGAUGACGACGACGACGACAACGAGGUGUUCAAGAGUUUAUCUACAACUCUAGAGGAUGCACAGGUGCAGUUGGAAAGCGAAGUACCCGGUUCCCGCUUACCAGAUCUCUGGAAUUCAGAAGAAUACAAUCUCAACAAGAAGUCCAACGGUUUAAGAGAAUCCGCACGAGUGACGGGCGACAUCGACUUCACCGAUGACGAGUCGACAGUCAAUAAAGACGUAAUGGUACUGUAUGGUGAGUCUGAUGACGUCAAUGAGAAGAAAUUAUACUCCACUACGACCGUUAGUUCGGAGAACAUAUUAUAUGACAUGUCGAACAUCACAGAUGAUGAGUCCGACAGCAACGUUCAAGAGACCGAAGAAUCGAAGGCGAAAAACAGCAAACUGUCGGUUUUACUGAGACAAUAUACUGCAAAGCAAAGUGCCAUUGAAGAGGAGAAGGAAAGCGAGUUCGACGGAAAUAAUGGAAAAUCAGAUAGAAGAGAUAGCGUCUCGAGGAUAGGUGCGAGUGAAACUACAACUCCGCUGGAUGUUGAGCUUCGAGAGAAGCUGUCGGAGUCAACUUCGAGUUUCUCAAAGCGUAAGAAGAGUCAGAUUGAGUUCCAGGAUGAUCAAUCCGUACGAGUGACCAGAUCACAUAGGGCGAGUUCCUUGGCGAAAAAUACAGUAGCGAAUACUUCAUUGCAGAUGCCGGAGGAAGAGGCGAGCACCGGAAGAGUCACGCGUUCGCGAAGAGGAAGUUCAUUGGCGAAAGAUUUGGUCUGUACGACGGAUUCUCUGUCACGAGAUGCAAACACUACGAAACCGUCGCAGCGAUCACGAAGAGCGAGUUCCUUGGCGAAAGAUACAGCGGCGAAUACUUCAUCAUUGCAAAUAUCGGAAGAACAAGUGGAGACUGAAAGAGUCACACGUUCGCGAAGAGCAAGUUCCAUGGUGAAAGAUUCGACCUGUACGACGGAUUUUCCGUUGCGAGAUGCAAACGUUGCGAAGCCGUCGCAGCGAUCACGAAGAGCGAGUUCAAUGGCGAAUGAUUCGCCGGCAGAUUCCUUAAGUGCAGACGAACUUCCGCGAUUGCGACGUGUAAAUUCAACCGCAUUAGACUCGUUAACAGAUCUCUCAUCUGGCAGAUUGCAAGAAACUGAUUCCAAACAGCCAUCGCGAUUAAAGAGAUCGAGCUCAGUGAAAGAUAUUUCUUUGCCGAUGAAACCACGUUCACGAAGAGCGAGCUCCCUCGUGAAAGAGGUGCUGAUAAGUUCGACGGCGAUAAGCGACGAUCACAAGUCAGCGAUUUCAUCGGAAUCGACAGGUCCCGUGGAUACCUCGAUACCGGUUAAGAGAGGCCGCAGUAGAUCUACGUCCAUAGCGAAAGAGAAUCCCCCGUCCGAUUUGAAAGACAGCGACUCUGAAAGUGUCAAGAAUGAAAUGCCAGUACGGAGGAGCGCAAGGCUCACGUCUUCCAUGAAAAAAGAAUCACAGACGGACACAUCGAGGACUCGCGCCAAAUCAGAAAGCCUAUCGUCAUUGUCUAAACUAGCGAGUGACGAUGAAGAGGACACGAGGAAGAGACCUGUGCGCGCGAAGAGGUACUCGAUGAAGACAACGACAAUAACGAGUAGAUCGCCCACGAUGGACCUGGAGGAACAACCGGAGAUGGUUAAAGCGAGUCGAGCUCGACGUGGUAGUUCAGUGCCUAUGGAAGUCACGGUGCAGACCGGGAGGAAACGUAGGUCCAGUAGUAUAAUUAAAGAGAUUAUCCCGGAAGAUACUGAGCCUCCCUUAGAGCCUCCGGAAAGCUCGAGGAGACUCAGGAGUUCUGUCGGGAAGAAGGAGAUUGUCGACAGUUUAGCCGGGACUACACGCAGACGUAGCGCGUCAAUACAGUCUGUACCGGAGGAAUUGGAAGAGGUUCUAAGUCAAUCGUUGUCCAAAGAGACGAGAUCCGCAACUCGAAAGGAAGCGGCACGUGUUAACACCAGGGAGAGGAGAGCGGCGAGUGCGGACGUAUUGUCCAAAGAGAUGAAGGUAAGGUUCAAGAGAAUUAACAUGAAAAGUAUCAUGGAGCAACCGAUAGCAGAGGAGCCUGUUGCGGAGAGCGAAGAUAGAACGGCACUUCGAGAAGAGGCGGACAAUAAAGUCGCGCAGAAUGUUGCUCCUGCGCGCAGAAGAAGAGCGUCGUCGACCACAACGAUCGAGGACACGAAGAAGAAUCAAGCGGCGCAGCGGAAUGAAGGUAGAACGCGACGGACAAGUACGAAUGAAGAAAGCAGCAAUCUAUUUUCUUUCUCGCAGCCAGAAAAAGUGGACGACGUACCGUUGGAUGAGAAAGACAUUGGAGAAGUUCCGAAUUAUGUAUUCUCACCACCCCAAACCAGAUCCAAGAAUGUUUUACCGAAUCAGCAUCGUAGAAAAAUAAACUCAUUUAUACCGAGUCCUUAUCAGGAGGGAGAAGAACACCCUGUUAUCCAGAAACCUGACGAUAUUGUUGAAUCUGGCGGUUGCACUCAUAUACUUGUCAACACUUACAAAUCGUGAAUUCGGACAAAAUUCGUUGUACAAAAUAGAACUAAAAAUGCAAAAGAAUGAACGAAAAACUUUCUGGGCGAUUCGGUUAAUUUUUAUCGUGCUUAUCUUCGGAUGUUGUAAAUCUCUCGACGUCUCUACAUUCUUAAUCCAUAUGUUCUUCUUUGGCUUCAAUAUUUCUUUUUGUGAUAUGUGAUCCUUUUGUGCAAAACCUUUUUGUAUAAUCAGAAUGACACACACCCAUUCGAGUACGUUGUAAUUGACUAUAAACCUCAUUGGUUCAUGUUGUGAUGAUAAAAUCGCAAUUGUGGAGAAGCCAAGAGCUAUGGUCAAUUGCUAUGUGAGUAAAUUGAGCUUUUCCCGCAAUUACCUAUUAAAAACGCUGGAAGAUCAAUUUGUAGGUGUAGUAUUUUGAAUUUUUUGUUUGGAUGUUUGUUUGGAAGACAACGAUUACGGAAACUCGGAGGGGUAAAUAAGAAUCAAUUAUCAAUUGAUAUGUAUACAUAUCGAUUGACUACGUAUACAGAACUAUCCAUCGUCUCCAACAUCGUUGUUUUGCAUAAAGAUAUAGUAUAAAGCGAUUAUGCUUAUAUGAUGAACAAUAAUGAAUGAAUCGAGAAGAUACGUUAGAUCGGAGAAUUAUUGAAUUAGAUUUUAAAGAGAUAAAUUCUGGAUUUUUAUUUUGAGUCGAUGGAAUGUCGGUUAUAUUGUAAAGCAAAAGAUUUGAUACGUUAGGUUGGGGACCAUACAGGAAACAAGAUCCUACAAAGAAAUGUUGAUUUGCAGUUGAUCGGAUGCAUAAAGAGAUGACUUUUGAACACAUUGACCGUCCUGCUUUGCUAUUUUUCCUUUCUAACGAUAUUUCUUUCAAUAGAAUUCCUGGUGUAUUAGAUAGAACAAUUUUUUCUUCUAAUUAAGGUAUAUAUUACGUUGAUUAUAAUUGAUCAACUGUGUAAUACAGCGGUACUUAGGAUAUAUGCUAGCACGAUAUUGAUUAGAAAUAUUUGUUCUUUUCUUUUUGAAAGCGAUAUAUAUGUAGUUUCGGAGAUUGUUUUCAUAAUCUAUAAACUUGUAAUGAUUGAUUCGCAAGAGUUACAUCGUACGUAUUAGCUGUACGAUUCUGUUUCAUUCAAUUUUGAAUAUAUAGUGCUUAACUCUUAUGUCGACACAUAAACGGAUUAUUGUACAGAAGUAACAGUUACAGUUAAAUUUAUCAUGCCAAAAUAUACCGUAUAAUGAUAGAUUAUCAUUAAAAAUGUAUUAUAUCGAUCGUCUGACGCAUACACACAAACACAUACACUCUCUUGCACACAACUAUAAUAAUAUUCAUUCCGUUUAUGUAUACAUAUAUCUUUUUUGACAAAAGUUUGCUCUCAAGUCUGCAAGUUUGCUCAAGUCUACAAUUUUUUUAACGUUAAUAUUUUUAGAAUAUGAUUUCGUAGUACAGAAAGUUUUCUGCUAUACUUUGCAUAUAAUACUUCUAGUAUUUUUUCUUCUCUAAAAGGCAGUGUGUAUCAUAACUUUGUAAAUAAUUUAUUAAUGUGUACUCAUGUAUAGUUGUAUCGAUACAAUAAAUGUAAAGAAAAGAUAAUACACAUGGUAGCAUCGAAAAAAAAAAGAAAAGGCUCCAGUCACCACAAAUAAUAUAUCAUUGCAAAUAAACUUGUAUUCUAGUGGAA